CGCCACUAGAAAAGAUGAAUCCACCAUCUUCCUUCUCCCCCCUCACGUCCAUCGGCGGCAGUUCACCGGGAUCUGUAAAUUUAUCGCCGGAACGUUCCACUACUUCUACCCACUCUCCCCUUUUACCCUCCAGUAUGCUCUCGCCUGUGGGAGGACUGUAAUUGCAUUUAACUAUCGGUCAAUUGCGCUGGAGAUUUGGGUGAAGUGCGAGGAACUGAGAGAUGUACGUCGUUCCCCCUCCAAAAGGGUCCGAUCCACCAUCUGGAUCCACCAACGGGUCGGACGAUUUACGAAUUUACCAGACAUGGAAAGGCAGCAAUAGAUUUUUUCUUCAGGGAAGGUUUAUAUUUGGACCGGAUGCCAGAUCAUUAGUGUUGACCAUUUUCCUUAUUGUAGCCCCUGUUGCAGUUUUCUGUGUCUUUGUUGCUAGAAAGCUUUCUGAUGAUUUUCCUAAUGACUGGGGAUUUUCAAUUAUGGUUGUGGCAGUGGUAUUUACAUUUUAUGUUUUGGUUCUUCUCCUACUAACUUCCGGAAGAGAUCCGGGAAUAGUUCCACGUAACGCACACCCUCCCGAACCAAAAGACUUUGAUGGAAACACCACUGAAGUUGGUGGACAAACCCCACAGCUACGCCUACCUCGGAUUAAAGAGGUUGAGGUUAAUGGAAUUACUGUGAAGGUCAAAUAUUGUGACACCUGCAUGCUUUACAGACCACCGCGCUGCUCUCAUUGUUCGAUAUGCAACAAUUGCGUUGAAAGAUUUGACCACCAUUGCCCUUGGGUCGGGCAGUGUAUUGGGCUGAGGAACUACCGGUUCUUUUUCAUGUUUGUCUGCUCCACCACGCUUCUUUGUAUAUAUGUAUUUGGUUUCUGCUGGGUCUACAUUAAAAGGAUCAUGGGUGCUGAAGAGACGACAAUAUGGAAGGCAAUGAUCAAAACCCCAGCUUCUAUGGUUCUAAUAGCUUACACCUUUAUUGCAGUGUGGUUUGUUGGUGGUCUUACUGCGUUCCAUUUAUACCUCAUCAGUACAAAUCAGACAACAUAUGAGAACUUCAGAUACCGGUACGACAGGCGAGCGAACCCAUACAACAAAGGAGUGGUGCAGAACUUCAUGGAGAUAUUUUUUACUGCUGUCCCUCCAUCAAAAAACGAUUUCAGGGCAAAGGUACCUAGGGAUCCUGCAAUACCUGCCCGACACACCUCUGUGGGGGGGUUUGUGAGUCCAAAUAUGGGCAAGGCUGUGGACGACAUAGAGAUGGGAAGGAAAGCAGUUUGGGGUGGUGGUGAUGUUGGGCCCCACGAAGGUGGUGGUCAACUAAGUGACAACAACGACAUCAAGGAGAUAAGAACAACGGUUGAUGAAGGUGACCGAGCAGCGAUGCAUCAUCCACGGCGGUCAAGUUGGGGAAGGAAAAGCGGGAGCUGGGAGAUGUCACCAGAAGUUCUUGCUUUGGCGUCUAGAGGAAUGGGAGAACCCAACCCGAUGGGUGGUAGCGGUGGCAGUGGAGGCUAAAGUGCUUUAAAGCUGUGAUCAACAUCAGUAUACUAGUGGGCAUGGUGUGGGAAACCUAUUCUGUAUAAUGAUGAUGUCUGACAUUUGGAAACUUUAUCACAACGAUCAAGUUGUUGCUGUUGUUGUGCAUUAGGAAGCUGAUAGGUUGUGGAGCAAGUUCUUGAUCCAUGUUCUGUAUCUUAUUUGUGUCAAAGUAGUUUCUUUAUCACUUGCGAAAUCCCAUCCCUUCCUCGCCAGUCACCACUCAUGGUUGCAUGAAGUAGAAAAAUUAUACGGGGGAACUCUGCAGAUCAUAGUGUUUGCAAUUAUGUUAUGUGCUUUGUAGUAUGAAAUGACAGUAAAUUAAUUGUGCACAAUGGAAAUCACGCACUUGUCUGUGAUGGUGGAUAGGCGGUUCUGGUCUCAUUGUGAGUUGAACUAUCUUUUUUCUUCAAUUCUCCGGUCUUUUAUGUGAUGUGUUGAAUACCAAAUCCUUUAAAUCACUGGUUGACGGUUGAC